ACAAUCAGGGCCCUAAGAGAAGAAUGUGGAGAACUGGCUGUCCCUGUGAAGAAAGGAAACAUGAAGACCAGGGAACCAUAAAAAAGAACUAAUGGCUGAAGAGUAAAUAAAUCAACAUGGCAACUAUGGUUCCACCAGUGAAACUGAAAUGGCUUGAACACUUGAACAGCUCCUGGAUUACCGAGGACAGCGAGUCGAUUGCUACCAGAGAGGGAGUUGCUGUUCUGUAUUCUAAACUAGUCAGCAACAAGGAAGUAGUACCUUUGCCCCAACAAGUUUUGUGCCUCAAAGGACCACAAUUGCCAGACUUUGAGCGUGAAUCUCUUUCAAGUGAUGAACAGGACCACUAUUUGGACGCCCUUCUCAGUAGCCAGCUAGCCCUGGCAAAGAUGGUCUGCUCUGAUUCCCCAUUUGCUGGGGCACUUCGGAAACGACUGCUUGUUCUCCAACGUGUCUUUUAUGCACUUUCUAAUAAAUACCACGACAAAGGCAAAGUGAAACAGCAGCAGCAUUCUCCGGAGAGCAGCUCUGGUUCAGCAGAUAUCCAUUCUGUUAGUGAACGUCCACGGUCAAGCACUGAUGCACUUAUAGAGAUGGGCGUGCGAACUGGCCUAAGUUUAUUAUUUGCACUUCUAAGACAAAGUUGGCUGAUGCCUGUGUCGGGACCUGGUCUGAGUCUUUGCAACGAUGUUAUUCAUACUGCAAUUGAAGUUGUGAGCUCAUUGCCACCAUUAUCUUUAGCAAAUGAAAGCAAGAUACCUCCUAUGGGCUUGGACUGCUUAUCACAAGUAACAACAUUUCUUAAAGGCGUAACUAUUCCCAAUUCUGGGGCAGACACUUUAGGUCGUAGGUUAGCUUCUGAGUUGCUGCUUGGUUUAGCAGCUCAGCGGGGUUCUUUGCGGUAUCUUCUUGAGUGGAUAGAAAUGGCGUUGGGGGCUUCGGCGGUUGUGAAUACCCUGGAGAAAAGCAAACUACUAUCAAGCCAGGAAGGAAUGAUCAGCUUUGACUGCUUUAUGAGUAUAUUAAUGCAGAUGAGGUGUUCCUUGGGAUCAUCUGCUGAUCGGAGUCAGUGGAGGGAACCAACCAGAACAUCUGAUGGCUUGUGCUCACUCUAUGAAGCAGCUUUAUGUCUUUUUGAGGAGGUUUGCAGAAUGGCUUCUGACUACUCAAGAACAUGUGCUAGCCCAGAUAACAUUCAGACUGGAGAUGCACCCAUUGUCUCGGAGACCUGUGAGGUCUAUGUUUGGGGGAGCAACAGCAGCCAUCAGUUGGUAGAAGGCACCCAGGAAAAAAUAUUACAACCUAAACUGGCUCCUAGUUUCUCUGAUGCUCAGACUAUUGAAGCUGGACAGUAUUGCACUUUUGUAAUUUCUACGGAUGGCUCUGUCAGAGCUUGUGGUAAAGGCAGCUAUGGGAGACUGGGCCUUGGAGAUUCCAAUAAUCAAUCUACUUUAAAAAAAUUAACCUUUGAACCUCAUAGGUCCAUCAAAAAGGUUUCCUCUUCUAAAGGAUCUGAUGGUCACACUCUAGCUUUUACAGCAGAAGGAGAAGUCUUCAGUUGGGGAGAUGGUGAUUAUGGGAAACUAGGACAUGGAAAUAGUUCAACACAGAAAUAUCCCAAACUUAUUCAGGGCCCUCUGCAGGGAAAGGUAGUUGUUUGUGUAUCAGCUGGUUAUCGACAUAGUGCUGCUGUCACAGAAGAUGGUGAAUUAUACACGUGGGGUGAAGGAGACUUUGGAAGAUUAGGUCAUGGUGACAGUAAUAGCCGUAAUAUUCCAACAUUAGUAAAAGACAUUAGCAAUGUGGGCGAGGUUUCCUGUGGCAGUUCACAUACUAUAGCUCUAUCGAAAGAUGGGAGAACCGUGUGGUCUUUUGGAGGAGGAGACAAUGGGAAACUUGGCCAUGGUGAUACCAACAGAGUGUAUAAACCUAAAGUUAUCGAAGCUUUACAAGGAAUGUUCAUUCGCAAAGUUUGUGCCGGGAGCCAGUCUUCACUUGCUUUGACAUCAACAGGGCAGGUCUAUGCGUGGGGUUGUGGAGCGUGUCUGGGUUGUGGUUCUUCAGAAGCUACUGCCUUGAGACCCAAGCUUAUUGAAGACCUGGCUGCCACCAGAAUCGUUGAUAUUUCUAUUGGAGACAGUCAUUGUUUAGCCCUUUCUCAUGAUAAUGAAGUUUAUGCCUGGGGCAAUAACUCUAUGGGACAAUGUGGCCAAGGAAAUUCCACCGGCCCUAUAACUAAACCAAAGAAAGUGAGUGGCUUAGAUGGCAUAGCAAUUCAGCAGAUCUCAGCUGGAACAUCACAUAGCCUGGCAUGGACUGCGCUUCCUAGGGACAGACAAGUUGUUGCAUGGCACCGACCUUAUUGUGUAGACCUUGAAGAGAGUACCUUUUCACACCUGCGUUCCUUUCUUGAGAGAUACUGUGAUAAAAUAAACAGUGAAAUCCCUCCACUCCCUUUUCCUUCAUCAAGGGAACACCACAAUUUCCUCAAGCUGUGCCUGAAGCUGCUUUCAAAUCACCUUGCUCUUGCGCUUGCAGGAGGGGUAGCUACCAGCAUUCUUGGGAGGCAGGCAGGUCCACUUAGAAAUUUGCUCUUCAGACUGAUGGACUCAACUGUCCCAGAUGAAAUCCAGGAGGUAGUAAUUGAAACUCUGUCAGUGGGAGCAACCAUGUUAUUACCUCCAUUACGAGAACGGAUGGAAUUACUUCAUUCUCUUUUACCUCAAGGACCUGACAGAUGGGAAAGCUUAUCUAAAGGACAGAGAAUGCAACUGGAUAUCAUUCUGACAAGUUUGCAAGAUCACACCCACGUAGCCUCCUUACUUGGCUAUAGCUCACCCGCUGAUGCUGCUGACCUCUCAUCUGUGUGUACUAGCUAUGGAAACCUGGCAGAUCAGCCGUAUGGCACUCAGAGCUGCUAUCCAGAUACCCAUCUGGCUGAAAUUUUGAUGAAGACUCUCUUAAGAAAUUUAGGAUUUUAUACAGAUCAAGCGUUUGGAGAGCUAGAAAAGAAUAGUGAUAAAUUUCUACUUGGAGCGUCGUCAUCAGAGAACAGUCAGCCCGCGCACCUGCACGAACUGCUGUGUUCUCUUCAAAAACAGCUGUUGGCUUUUUGCCACAUCAAUAACAUUAGUGAGAACUCAAGCAGUGUGGCAUUGCUUCAUAAGCACCUUCAGCUCCUGUUGCCUCAUGCCACAGAUAUUUAUUUACGCUCUUCAAAUUUGCUCAGAGAAAGUCCUUGGAAUGGCAGCGUUGGAGGAAAAUUAAGAGAUGUGAUAUAUGUCUCUGCUGCAGGCAGUAUGCUGUGCCAGAUUGUUAACUCCCUGCUGUUGCUCCCAGUGUCAGUGGCUCGGCCUCUGUUGAGUUACCUCCUAGAUCUGCUGCCACCUCUUGAUUGCCUUAAUAGACUCCUGCCAGCUGCUGCUCUUCUAGAGGACCAAGAGUUACAGUGGCCUCUUCAUGGAGGCCCGGAACUGAUAGAUCCUGCUGGCUUGCCGUUACCUCAGCCAGCCCAGUCCUGGGUGUGGCUGGUGGAUCUGGAAAGAACCCUUGCUCUGCUUAUUGGGCGGUGUCUUGGUGGCAUGCUUCAGGGCUCCCCUAUGUCUCCAGAGGAACAGGACACUGCUUAUUGGAUGAAAACACCACUUUUCAGUGAUGGUGUAGAAAUGGACACCCCACAGUUAGAUAAAUGUAUGAGUUGCCUACUGGAAGUAGCUCUUUCAGGUAAUGAAGAACAGAAGCCCUUUGAUUACAAAUUGCGGCCUGAAAUUUCUGUCUAUGUAGACUUGGCAUUGGGUUGUUCAAAAGAGCCUGCACGAAGUCUAUGGAUCAGCAUGCAGGAUUAUGCUGUCAGUAAAGAUUGGGAUAGUGCAACUUUAAGUAAUGAGUCACUGCUGGACACUGUGUCUAGAUUUGUUCUUGCAGCUCUUCUGAAACACACAAAUUUACUUAGUCAAGCCUGCGGAGAAAGCCGAUAUCAACCUGGUAAAAGUUUAUCAGAAGUGUACCGUUGUGUAUAUAAGGUUCGAAGUCGCUUACUAUCCUGCAAGAACCUUGAACUUAUUCAAACCCGGUCAUCAUCAAGAGACAGAUGGAUUUCAGAAAACCAAGACUCUGCAGAUGUUGAUCCUCAGGAGCACUCAUUUACCCGGACCAUUGAUGAAGAAGCUGAAAUGGAAGAACAGGCUGAAAGAGACAGAGAGGAGGGGCAUCCGGAGCCGGAGGACGAGGAGGAUGAGCGGGAGCAUGAAGUGAUGACAGCCGGCAAAAUCUUUCAGUGUUUCCUCUCAGCUCGUGAAGUAGCUCGUAGCCGAGAUCGAGAUAGAAUGAACAGUGGGGCAGGGUCUGGGGCUCGAGCUGAUGAUCCACCUCCUCAGUCUCAACAAGAGCGAAGGGUCAGCACGGACCUUCCUGAGGGCCAGGAUGUGUACACUGCCGCCUGCAACUCUGUCAUCCAUCGGUGUGCCCUGUUAGUACUAGGAGUCAGUCCUGUGAUCGAGGAGCUUCAGAAGCGAAGGGAAGAGGGACAGUUGCAGCAGCCGUCAGCAAGUGCCUCUGAGGGCAGUGGACUCAUGACCAGGAGUGAAAGUCUUACUGCAGAGAGCCGGCUAGUCCACGCAAGUGCAAAUUAUAGACUGAUCAAAUCGAGGAGUGAAUCUGAUCUGUCUCAGCCUGAAUCAGAUGAAGAGGGUUACGCACUGAGUGGAAGACGAAAUGUUGAUUUGGAUUUAGCAUCAUCUCAUAGGAAGAGAGGUCCUAUGCACAGUCAAUUGGAAUCCUUGAGUGACUCUUGGGCUCGCCUAAAACAUAGCAGAGACUGGUUGUACAACUCUUAUUCCUUUGAAUCUGAUUUUGAUCUUACUAAGUCUUUGGGAGUUCACACUCUGAUUGAAAACAUUGUAAGCUUUGUGAGUGGAGACGUGGGGAACGCCCCAGGUUUUAAAGAGCCGGAAGAAAGUAUGUCUACAAGCCCCCAGGCUUCCAUCAUUGCCAUGGAACAGCAGCAGUUAAGGGCAGAGCUUCGAUUAGAGGCGCUUCACCAGAUCCUUGUUCUGUUGUCUGGGAUGGAGGAAAAAGGUAGCAUCUCUCUGGCAGGAAGCAGGUCGGGCUCAGGCUUCCAAUCGUCUACACUGCUCACAUCUGUGAGGCUGCAGUUUCUAGCAGGGUGCUUUGGUUUAGGCACUGUUGGGCAUGCAGGAGCCAAAGGAGAGAGUGGCCGAUUGCAUCACUAUCAGGAUGGGAUCCGAGCAGCUAAGAGAAAUAUUCAGAUUGAAAUCCAGGUGGCUGUGCAUAAGAUUUACCAACAAUUGUCUGCUACCCUGGAGAGAGCCCUACAAGCAAACAAACAUCAUAUUGAAGCCCAGCAGCGUCUACUUUUGGUUACAGUUUUUGCCUUGAGUGUCCAUUAUCAACCAGUGGAUGUUUCUUUGGCCAUUUCCACUGGUCUGUUAAAUGUCUUGUCGCAGCUCUGUGGCACUAACACCAUGCUAGGACAGCCUCUGCAGUUGUUGCCAAAGACAGGCAUUUCCCAGCUUAGCACAGCUUUGAAAGUGGCCAGUACAAGACUGCUCCAGAUUUUAGCCAUCACUACAGGGACCUAUGCUGAUAAGCUGAGCCCCAAAGUAGUUCAGUCCUUAUUGGAUCUGCUGUGUAGUCAGUUGAAGAAUUUGUUGUCUCAGGCUGGUGUACUGCUUAUGGCCUCAUUUGGAGAAGGGGAAGAAGAGGGAGAAGAGGAGGAAGAAAAAAAAGUCGACGCUAGUGGAGAAAUUGAGAAGCGAGAUUUUAGAGCUGCCCUUCGGAAACAGCACGCUGCAGAAUUGCACCUGGGGGACUUUUUAGUUUUCCUUCGCAGAGUUGUGUCUUCAAAAGCAAUUCAGUCAAAAAUGGCUUCCCCCAAAUGGACAGAGGUGCUUCUAAAUAUAGCCUCUCAAAAGUGCUCUUCAGGUAUUCCUCUAGUUGGUAACUUAAGAACAAGGCUCCUUGCACUUCAUGUCCUCGAAGCUGUGCUGCCAGCUUGUGAAUCUGGUGUAGAAGAUGAUCAGAUGGCCCAGGUGGUUGAACGUUUAUUUUCCCUUCUGUCGGAUUGUAUGUGGGAGUCACCCAUUGCUCAGGCCAAACAUGCUGUUCAGAUCAAGGAAAAAGAACGAGAUAUAAAAUUACAGAAGCAAGGAGAAUUAGAGGAAGAAGAUGAGAAUCUCCCUAUACAAGAAGUAUCAUUUGAUCCAGAAAAAGCUCAGUGUUGCCUAGUGGAAAAUGGACAGAUUUUAACUCAUGGCAGUGGAGGAAAAGGAUAUGGAUUGGCAUCAACUGGAGUAACUUCUGGGUGCUAUCAGUGGAAGUUUUACAUUGUGAAGGAAAACAGAGGGAAUGAAGGCACGUGUGUCGGUGUUUCCCGCUGGCCAGUCCAUGACUUUAACCACCGCACUACCUCGGAUAUGUGGCUGUACAGGGCCUACAGUGGGAACCUCUACCAUAAUGGAGAGCAGACUCUGACACUGUCCAGCUUUACUCAAGGGGAUUUCAUCACCUGUGUGUUAGACAUGGAGGCCAGGACCAUUUCCUUUGGGAAAAAUGGAGAGGAACCCAAAUUAGCCUUUGAAGAUGUGGAUGCAGCAGAGUUGUACCCUUGUGUGAUGUUCUAUAGUAGCAACCCUGGAGAGAAGGUGAAAAUUUGUGACAUGCAGAUGCGUGGCACACCACGAGACUUACUUCCGGGAGAUCCCAUUUGUAGUCCAGUAGCUGCAGUGCUAGCUGAGGCCACCAUUCAGCUUAUCCGGAUCCUUCACCGAACAGACCGUUGGACUUAUUGCAUUAACAAAAAGAUGAUAGAGCGGUUGCACAAAAUUAAGCUAUGUAUCAAGGAAUCAGGGCAGAAACUAAAGAAAAGCCGCUCUGUUCAGAGCCGAGAGGAAAAUGAAAGAGAGGAGAAAGAGAUCAAAGAGGAGGAUAAGGGUAAACACAAUAGACAUGGCCUUGCUGACCUCUCAGAAGCACAGCUGAGGGUGCUUUGCAUAGAGGUGUGGCCCGUACUGGCAGUGAUAGGAGGAGUUGAUGCUGGUCUCAGAGUUGGAGGUCGGUGUGUUCACAAGCAAACUGGGCGCCAUGCCACACUGCUGGGAGUGGUCAAAGAGGGCAGCACAUCUGCCAAAGUCCAAUGGGAUGAAGCAGAAAUUACCAUCAGCUUCCCAACUUUUUGGUCGCCUAGUGAUACUCCAUUGUAUAACCUGGAGCCCUGUGAACCACUGCUGUUUGACGUGGCGCGAUUCCGAGGCCUGACCGCGUCUGUGCUACUGGACCUAACAUACCUGACUGGCAUUCACGAAGACACAGGAAAACAGAGCACCAAGCGACAUGAAAAGAAACACCGGCAUGAGUCUGAGGAAAAAGGAGAAGUUGAGCAGAAAGCUGAGAGUGACUCUACUUUAGAUAUGCGAACAGCCUUAACAUUGGACGAUGCCAAGAAUCAGGGCACCACAAGCUCCAAAUCAGAAAAUGAAAUCUCUUCAUUUUCUUUAGAUCCGACGCCACUAGGUUUGGAGCCUCAACAUCAGAUUACAGAAGGUAAAAGAAAAAGUCAUGAACACAUGUCCAAAAACCAUGACAUAGCUCAGUCAGAAAUCAGAGCAGUCCAGCUGUCAUAUCUGUACCUUGGUGCAAUGAAAUCACUUAGUGCCCUUCUGGGCUGUAGCAAAUAUGCCGAACUGUUGCUGAUCCCAAAAGUUCUGGCUGAGAAUGGCCACAACUCAGAUUGUGCGAGCUCUCCAGUGGUUCACGAAGAUGUGGAGAUGCGUGCAGCCCUGCAGUUCCUCAUGCGACACAUGGUGAAGCGGGCCGUCAUGCGGUCGCCCAUAAAGAGAGCGUUGGGACUAGCAGAUUUGGAACGUGCACAAGCCAUGAUCUAUAAAUUAGUGGUCCAUGGGCUUUUGGAAGACCAGUUUGGGGGCAAAAUUAAGCAAGAGACUGAGCAACUAGCUGAAGAAAGUGACCAAGCCCAGCAGGCACAGACACCAGUUACCACUAGCCCAUCAGCCUCGAGCACAACUUCCUUCAUGAGCAGCUCCCUGGAGGACACCACAACUGCCACCACUCCAGUCACUGACACGGAAACGGUGCCUGCAUCUGAAUCCCCAGGAGUAAUGCCACUUAGUCUUCUCAGGCAAAUGUUCUCUAGCUACCCAACCACCACUGUACUGCCCACACGUCGUGCGCAGACGCCUCCAAUAUCUUCAUUACCAACAUCUCCUUCUGAUGAAGUAGGAAGGAGACAAAGCUUAACUUCUCCGGAUUCCCAGUCAGCAAGGCCAGCCAACCGCACAGCCUUAUCAGACCCAAGCAGUAGACUUUCAACUUCACCCCCCCCUCCAGCAAUUGCUGUGCCUUUGUUGGAAAUGGGGUUUUCUCUCCGGCAGAUUGCUAAAGCCAUGGAAGCCACAGGUGCUCGAGGAGAGGCUGAUGCUCAGAACAUCACUGUCCUUGCCAUGUGGAUGAUAGAGCACCCUGGUCACGAGGAUGAGGAAGAGCCACCGCAGGCAGGCAGCACGGCUGACCCCAGGCAUGGAGCAGCAGUGCCCGGCAGUGGGAAGUCCAAUGAUCCCUGUUACUUACAGUCUCCAGGAGACAUCCCAUCAGCUGAUGCUGCUGAAAUAGAGGAGGGCUUCAGUGAAAGCCCCGACAAUGUGGACCACACAGAGAAUGCAGCUUCUGGAAGCGGACCGCCAGCUAGGGGCCGCUCAGCAGUAACAAGGAGGCAUAAGUUUGAUUUAGCUGCGCGCACAUUAUUGGCAAGAGCAGCGGGGUUAUACCGCUCUGUGCAGGCCCACAGGAAUCAAAGUCGGAGAGAAGGAAUAUCGUUGCAGCAAGACCCAGGAGCGUUGUAUGACUUUAAUUUAGACGAAGAAUUGGAAAUUGACCUUGAUGAUGAAGCGAUGGAAGCCAUGUUUGGACAGGACUUGAGCAGUGACAAUGAUAUUCUGGGAAUGUGGAUCCCAGAGCAUGUUUGUGAGUCUGAAGACAGGGAAGAAGUGGUGGUGUGUGAGCUGUGUGAAUGCAGUGUUGUCAGCUUCAAUCAGCACAUGAAGAGAAAUCACCCAGGUUGCGGACGAAGUGCAAACCGGCAAGGUUAUCGCAGCAAUGGCUCCUAUGUGGAUGGCUGGUUCGGUGGUGAAUGUGGGAGUGGGAAUCCAUACUACCUGCUCUGUGGCAGCUGCAGGGAGAAGUACUUAGCCCUGAAGACCAAAUCCAAGGCAACAAGUUCUGAAAGGUACAAGGGACAAGCUCCAGAUCUGAUUGGCAAGCAGGACAGUGUGUAUGAAGAAGAUUGGGACAUGUUGGAUGUUGAUGAAGAUGAAAAGCUAACAGGUGAAGAAGAAUUUGAACUGCUUGCUGGGCCGCUUGGUUUAAACGACCGGCGCAUUGUACCAGAACCAGUUCAGUUCCCUGAUAGUGAUCCUCUGGGCGCAUCAGUAGCCAUGGUCACAGCCACAAACAGUAUGGAAGAGACUCUGAUGCAAAUAGGUUGCCAGGGCUCUGUAGAGAAGAACUCCUCUGGGAGGAUAACUCUGGGUGAACAGGCAGCUGCGCUCGCAAGCCCUCAUGACCGAGUAGUUGCUUUAAGGAGGGUGACUGCGGCUGCUCAAGUGCUACUGGCCAGAACCAUGGUCAUGAGAGCACUGUCUCUCCUCUCAGUCAGUGGCUCCAGUUGCAGCCUGGCUGCUGGUCUUGAGUCUCUGGGGCUAACAGACAUCCGAACACUGGUGCGAUUAAUGUGCCUGGCUGCAGCGGGGAGAGCUGGCCUCUCCACCAGCCCCUCUGCCAUGGUGAGCACCUCAGAACGCUCCCGAGGCGGGCACAGCAAGACCAACAAGCCCAUCUCUUGCUUGGCCUAUCUGAGCACGGCAGUGGGCUGCCUGGCAUCUAACACCCCGAGUGCCGCAAAACUGCUUGUGCAGUUGUGUACACAGAACUUGAUUUCUGCUGCAACAGGUGUAAAUCUAACCACGGUUGAUGAUCCAAUUCAACGAAAGUUUCUACCCAGCUUUCUUCGAGGAAUUGCUGAAGAAAAUAAGCUUGUGACCUCCCCCAACUUUGUCGUAACUCAGGCCCUUGUGGCAUUACUAGCUGACAAAGGGGCCAAACUGAGACCUAACUACGAUAAGGCAGAAGUUGAAAAGAAAGGCCCUCUGGAGCUGGCUAAUGCCCUGGCAGCCUGCUGCCUCUCCUCGAGGCUGUCCUCACAGCAUAGGCAAUGGGCUGCUCAACAGCUUGUGCGCACGCUAGCCGCUCAUGACCGAGACAACCAAACUGCUCCACAAACACUCGCUGACAUGGGCGGAGAUCUCCGAAAAUGUUCCUUUAUCAAGUUGGAGGCUCAUCAGAACAGAGUAAUGACAUGUGUUUGGUGUAAUAAAAAAGGUCUCCUUGCCACCAGUGGCAACGACGGUACCAUCCGAGUGUGGAAUGUCUCCAAGAAGCAGUACUCAUUGCAACAGACCUGUGUGUUCAACAGAUUGGAAGGAGAUGCUGAGGAAAGCCUGGGGUCUCCCAGUGAUCCAAGUUUCUCACCUGUCUCUUGGAGUAUCAGUGGCAAAUAUCUAGCUGGGGCUUUGGAAAAGAUGGUGAAUAUCUGGCAAGUUAAUGGAGGCAAAGGAUUAGUAGAUAUUCAGCCUCAUUGGGUAUCUGCCCUGGCUUGGCCAGAAGAGAGUCCUGCUGCAGCCUGGUCGGGAGAGUCUCCAGAAUUACUGUUGGUGGGACGAAUGGAUGGAUCUCUAGGACUCAUUGAAGUUGUUGAUGUGUCUACCAUGCACCGUAGAGAAAUGGAGCAUUGCUAUCGAAAAGAUGUGUCCGUAACUUGCAUUGCUUGGUUCAGUGAAGACAGACCAUUUGCAGUGGGAUAUUUUGAUGGGAAAUUGUUACUGGGAUCAAAGGAACCCCUUGAGAAAGGAGGCAUUGUUCUGAUUGAUGCACAUAAGGAUACUCUUGUUAGUAUGAAGUGGGACCCAACAGGUCAUAUCCUUAUGACCUGUGCCAAAGAAGAAAACGUGAAACUCUGGGGCGCCGUCUCGGGGUGCUGGCGCUGCCUCCGUUCCCUCCGUCACCCGUCUAUUGUAAAUGGCACUGCGUGGUGCACCCUCCCUGGGAAAGGAUCCAAGUUGCAGUUACUGAUGGCUACUGGCUGCCAGAGUGGUUUAGUGUGUGUUUGGCGAAUUCCACAAGAUAUCACACAAACCAGUGUGGCUAGUUCAGAAGGAUGGUGGGACCAGGAAUCAAAUUGUCAGGAUGGAUUUAGAAAACCAACAGGGGCCAAUUGUGUUUACCAGCUGCGAGGACACAUCACCCCCGUCCGAACCGUUGCCUUUAGUUCUGAUGGGUUAGCCCUGGUGUCUGGUGGACUCGGCGGGCUCAUGAACAUAUGGUCUUUAAGGGAUGGCUCUGUCCUACAAACUGUGGUGAUAGGCUCCGGGGCCAUUCAGACCACAGUAUGGAUUCCGGAAGUCGGGGUAGCUGCUUGCUCAAAUAGAUCAAAGGACGUUUUGGUGGUGAAUUGUACAGCAGAGUGGGCUGCUGCCAAUCACGUCUUGGCAACCUGUAGGACAGCGCUGAAACAGCAGGGUAUUCUGGGAUUAAACAUGGCUCCCUGCAUGAGAGCAUUUCUAGAGCGGCUACCCAUGAUGCUUCAGGAGCAGUAUGCCUAUGAAAAGCCUCAUGUGGUUUGUGGUGACCAGCUUGUUCACAGCCCCUACAUGCAGUGCCUGGCUUCCCUUGCUGUGGGACUUCAUCUGGAUCAGCCCUUGUGUAACCCUCCAGUGCCACCACAUCAUCAGCACUGCCUCCCUGACCCCGCUUCCUGGAAUCCAAAUGAGUGGGCCUGGUUAGAAUGUUUCUCAACCACCAUAAAAGCUGCUGAGGCCCUAACCAACGGUGCACAGUUUCCAGAAUCUUUUACUGUUCCUGAUCUAGAGCCUGUUCCAGAGGAUGAGCUCGUUUUCCUAAUGGAUAACAGUAAAUGGAUCAAUGGCAUGGAUGAACAGAUUAUGUCUUGGGCAACUUCAAGACCUGAGGACUGGCACCUAGGAGGUAAAUGUGAUGUCUACCUGUGGGGUGCCGGCAGACAUGGGCAGCUGGCAGAAGCUGGAAGGAAUGUACUGGUACCUGCAGCAGCUCCCUCGUUCUCACAGGCUCAGCAGGUCAUAUGUGGUCAGAAUUGCACCUUUGUCACCCAGGCCAAUGGUACAGUUCUGGCUUGUGGGGAAGGAAGUUAUGGCAGAUUAGGACAAGGAAACUCAGAUGAUCUUCAUGUGCUGACAGUUAUUUCAGCCGUACAAGGCUUUGUAGUGACCCAGCUGGUGACUUCCUGUGGUUCUGAUGGACACUCAAUGGCCCUGACUGAGAGCGGGGAGGUCUUUAGCUGGGGAGAUGGUGACUAUGGAAAACUUGGCCAUGGGAACAGUGACAGGCAACGACGACCCAGGCAGAUCGAGGCAUUACAAGGAGAAGAAGUGGUUCAGAUGUCAUGUGGCUUCAAGCACUCUGCGGUGGUAACUUCAGAUGGCAAACUGUUUACUUUUGGGAAUGGUGACUACGGUCGUCUGGGUCUUGGAAACACCUCGAACAAAAAACUUCCAGAGAGGGUGACUGCGUUGGAGGGAUACCAGAUUGGACAGGUGGCUUGUGGGUUAAACCACACUUUGGCGGUGUCAGCAGACGGCUCUAUGGUGUGGGCUUUUGGAGAUGGAGACUAUGGAAAGCUAGGCUUAGGAAAUUCCACGGCAAAAUCGUCACCUCAGAAAGUCGAUGUCCUUUGUGGAAUGGGCAUUAAAAAGGUGGCUUGUGGAACUCAGUUUUCUGUUGCUCUGACCAAGGAUGGUCAUGUAUAUACCUUUGGUCAAGAUCGCUUAAUAGGCCUCCCAGAGGGGCGUGCUCGCAAUCACAAUCGACCCCAGCAGAUCCCCGCCCUGGCUGGAGUGGUUAUAGAAGACGUGGCAGUUGGCGCUGAGCACACACUAGCUUUGGCAUCUACAGGGGAUGUCUACGCCUGGGGCAGCAAUUCAGAGGGGCAACUUGGCCUAGGCCACACCAACCAUGUCCGAGAACCUACCCUGGUGACAGUUCUGCAAGGGAAAAACGUUCGGCAGAUCUCAGCUGGCCGCUGCCACAGUGCUGCCUGGACAGCACCCCCUGUCCCACCAAGAGCCCCAGGUGUGUCUGUGCCUUUGCAGCUGGGCCUGCCCGAUGCGGUCCCCCCGCAGUAUGGGGCACUGAGGGAGGUGAGCAUCCACACCGUGAGGGCCAGGCUCCGACUGCUCUACCACUUCUCUGACCUCAUGUACUCUUCCUGGAGGCUGCUGAACCUCAGCCCGAACAACCAGAGCAGUACCUCUCACUACAGUGCUGGAGCCUGGGGCAUUGUGCAGGGGCAGCUUCGGCCUUUGUUGGCCCCAAGGGUCUACACCCUUCCGAUGGUGCGCUCCAUAGGAAAAACCAUGGUGCAGGGCAAAAACUACGGACCUCAGAUUACCGUAAAGAGAAUAUCAACCAGAGGCCGGAAAUGUAAGCCCAUCUUUGUCCAGAUAGCAAGGCAAGUAGUUAAGCUGAAUGCAUCGGACCUCCGGCUGCCUUCCCGAGCCUGGAAAGUCAAACUGGUUGGCGAAGGUGCUGAUGACGCUGGAGGAGUAUUUGAUGACACAAUCACAGAGAUGUGUCAGGAACUUGAAACUGGUAUAGUUGACCUUCUCAUACCCUCUCCCAAUGCCACCGCAGAGGUGGGUUACAAUAGGGACAGGUUCCUUUUCAACCCCUCUGCCUGCCUGGAUGAGCACCUGCUGCAGUUUAAGUUCUUGGGGAUUUUAAUGGGGGUGGCUGUCCGCACCAAGAAGCCUCUGGACCUCCACCUGGCCCCUCUGGUGUGGAAGCAACUGUGCUGCGUCCCGCUCACGCUGGAGGACCUGGAGGAGGUGGAUCUGCUCUACGUGCAGACCCUCAACAGCAUUCUUCACAUUGAAGACAGUGGAAUCACCGAGGAGAGUUUCCAUGAGAUGAUCCCUCUUGAUUCUUUUGUUGGCCAGAGUGCUGAUGGCCACAUGGUUCCAAUAAUCCCUGGUGGAAAUAGCAUCCCACUCACAUUUUCCAAUAGAAAGGAGUAUGUGGAAAGGGCCAUUGAAUAUCGACUUCAUGAGCUGGAUCGACAGGUGGCCGCCGUGCGAGAGGGGAUGUCGUGGAUCAUCCCUGUGCCGCUGCUGUCCCUCCUCACCGCGAAGCAGCUGGAGCAGACGGUGUGUGGGCUGCCCGAGAUCGCAGUGGAGGUCCUCAGGAAGGUGGUGCGCUACCGGGAGGUGGAGGAGCAGCAGCAGCUGGUGCAGUGGUUCUGGCGCACCCUGGAGGAGUUCUCCAACGAAGAGCGGGUGCUGUUCAUGAGGUUUGUGUCCGGAAGGUCCCGCCUGCCCGCCAACGCCGCAGACAUUUCUCAGAGAUUUCAAAUCAUGAAGGUCGAGAGGCCUUACGACAGUCUGCCUACCUCACAGACCUGCUUCUUCCAGCUACGGCUGCCGCCCUACUCCAGCCAGCCAGUCAUGGCCGAGCGCCUGCGCUAUGCCAUCAACAACUGCCGCUCUAUCGACAUGGACAACUACAUGCUCUCACGCAACGUGGACAAUGCCGAGGGCUCCGACACUGACUACUGACCACUGCGAGGGCCACCCCCCCUCUGUGCUCAGUAAUGCUCACAUCCAGUGUAACCUUGAUAGACUUUUAUGGUAACUACAUAGAUGUUUUAGGAACAUAAACUGACAUUAUAAACAGUGGCCACGUUUAGUUACUCUAAAUGUAACAAA